AUGAUCGACCAUUCUGCCAAGUGUGCCGAAGGCGAUCGUGGACUACAUAAACUGAAGCGCAACGAUAUGUACUACGUUUGUCACCCACGUGGUGUCAUGAUUGGGAUGUGUCCCGCUAAUAUGAAUUUCUGUGAAGCCAGUCAACGGUGCAUCAAACGAGAGGGAAAACCGGCCAAAACGAUUAAGGUUUACGACGAAUCGGAAAAUUGCCACGUGCGAAUUCCCAGCUGCAAAGGAGUCGGCCGCUUUGCUGUGCCAUCAAAUCGUUCGUUUUACUUCGACUGCGAGGAGCACAACUACGGUUACUAUCAAUACGUGUAUCGGUGCCCACAUGAAACCAAAUUCAACCCAGAGCUGAAGCGUUGUACGGCGGAAGCUGGAUGCAAAAAAAAUAAGGACGAUUACUUGAAUCGAUUUGACGACGAGUACUUCCCGAAAUGUGUAAUGCGAGGACAAUUUCGUACGGCUAAGGAUUGUAAUCUGUACUACCAAUGCACUCCGAACUUGGACGGAUCCUACUUUCAAAUACGAUUUGAAUGUCCUUCAUCGAUGUACUAUGAUGUGCAGACUGAACGUUGCCAGCUUCGAGAAUCUGAAGAGUGUGAAUACGUGCCCCUGCAUCAGAUUUUGAGAGACUAUUCUGCAAAACAUAACCUUCCCUGUGUUGCAAUACCUCCUACUGAAGCUCCGACAACUGUUGGAUGUCCGCCCAAACCAACACCAAAUACUACAACUCCUCCAUGUCCUCUUAAAAAGACUACCAAAACACCUGUUCCGUGUCCGCCAAAAACGACUUCAACAACUACUACUGCUCCCUGUCCUCCUAAUACAACUACGACAACAGCUCCCACUACAACAACUCCUCCAUGCGAAGCUGAAACCGAUCCAAUCACGCUCGGUCCUUUCCGUUUUGAAGCCCGUUUGGCUCAACCAGAAGAACAUGAAGAUCCGUUAGUUCAGUUCGCAUUCAUGGAUGAUCAAGCUGAAACAACGAUUCCAACGGAGGAAACAACUCUGAAUACCGAACCUAGUACUGAAAUGAGCACCACUGUUUCUCCUUCUACUACUACAAUUACUACUACGACUAUAACGACUACUACUCCUGAGCCAAUAGUUGAAACACAACCACCGAGCACUUCAACCACGGAUCCUCCAACUACAAGCACUACAAUCCCGAGCACGACGACGACAACGACGACCAGAACAUGUUGCAAGUUCAUUACGGGACCUGACACUAUUGAUGGAAUAAAUCCAGAUUAUUGGCUUGAAGAAAACGAAAGACAAAACACAACUUGCCCACCGAUGUCACUCCCAUGUAAUGAGACUCAAACAUCAACAGUUAGCGAUAGUACUACCUCGACAACAGGACGUGAGUCAACAACUGAACCACAAAAAAGCCACUUAAUCAUGCAAGGUCUCAUGUUUACAGAUCAAACAACUGCCAAUGAUCAGUUCACUACAAGCGGUGAACCAACAAGUAGUAGUACUGCUGUAACGCAGGAUACGGUUUCCACAAGUUCUGAUACACAAACAACUAGCUCCGUAACGCAGAGUCCAACGACACCUUUGGGCAUGGAAACAACUCUAACAGAUUCAGCAACAACUGGUGCAGACUCACAGACAACUGGUUCCGGAACCCAGAGUCCAACGUCACCAUCGGACAUGGAAACCACGCCUACAGAUUCUGGCACCACAAGUUCGGACUCACAAACAACUGCCUCCGGAACUCCAGAUCCAACGACACCUUCGGAUAUGGAAACUACGCCAACGGAUUCAGGAACCACAAGCUCGGACUCACAAACAACCGGAUCUGUAACUCAAGGUCCAACGACGCCAUCGGACAUGGAAACCACGCCAACGGAUUCAGGAACUACAAGUUCGGACUCACAAACAACUGCCUCAGGAACUCAAGGUCCAACGACACCUUCGGAUAUAGAAACCACGCCAACGGAUUCAGGAACCACAAGCUCGGACUCACAAACAACAGCUUCCGGAACUCAAAGUCCAAAGACACCGUCGGACAUGGAAACAACUCCAACAGAUUCAGCAACGACUGGGGCAGACUCACAGACAACUGCUUCCGGAACUCAGAGCCCAACGACACCAUCGGACAUGGAAACCACGCCAACGGAUUCUGGAACCACAAGCUCGGACUCACAAACAACAGCUUCCGGAACUCAAGGUCCAACGACACCUUCGGACAUGGAAACCACGCCAACGGAUUUAGAAACCACAAGCUUGGACUCACAAACAACAGCCGCUGGAACUCAAGGUCCAACGACACCGUCGGACAUGGAAACAACUCCAACAGAUUCAGCAACGACUGGUGCAGACUCACAGACAACUGCUUCCGGAACUCAGAGCCCAACGACACCAUCGGACAUGGAAACCACGCCAACGGAUUCAGGAACCACAAGCUUGGACUCACAAACAACAGCUUCCGGAACUCAAAGUCCAACGACACCGUCGGACAUGGAAACAACUCCAACAGAUUCAGCAACGACUGGUGCAGACUCACAGACAACUGCUUCCGGAACUCAGAGCCCAACGACACCAUCGGACAUGGAAACCACGCCAACGGAUUCUGGAAUCACAAGCUCGGACUCACAAACAUCUGCUUCCGGAACUCAAGAUCCAACGACACCUUCGGACAUGGAAACCACGCCAACGGAUUCAGUAACAAGCUCGGACUCACAAACAACAGCCUCUGGAACUCAAGGUCCAACGACACCGUCGGAUUUGGAAACAACUCCAACAGAUUCAGCAACGACUGGUGCAGACUCACAGACAACUGCUUCCGGUACUCAGAGCCCAACGACACCAUUGGACAUGGAAACCACGCCAACUGAUUCUGGAACUACAAGCUCAGACUCACAAACGACUGCUUCCGGAACUCAAGAUCCAACGACACCUUCGGAUAUAGAAACCACGCCAACCGAUUCAGGAACCACAAGCUCGGGCUCACAAACAACUGCCUCCGGAACUCAAGGUCCAACGACACCACUGGACAUGGAAACAACUCCAACGGAUUCAGGAACCACAAGCUCGGACUCACAAACGACUGCUUCUGGAACUCAGAGUCCAACGACACCAUCGGACAUGGAAACCACGCCAACUGAUUCUGGAACUACAAGCUCAGACUCACAAACGACUGCUUCUGGAACUCAAGAUCCAACGACACCUUUGGAUAUAGAAACCACGCCAACCGAUUCAGGAACUACAAGCUCGGACUCACAAACGACUGCUUCCGGAACUCAGAGUCCAACGACUCCAUUGGACAUGGAAACCACGCCAACUGAUUCUGGAACUCAGGGUCCAACGACACCAUCGGAUAUGGAAACCACGCCUACGGAUUUAGGAACCACAAGCUCGGAUAUACAAACAACCGGAUCUGUAACACAGGGUCAAACGACACCGUCGGAUAUUGAAACCACGCCAACGGAUUCAGGAACCACAAGCUCGGACUCACAAACGACUGCUUCCGGAACUCAGAGUCCACCGACUCCAUUGGACAUGGAAACCACGCCAACUGAUUCUGGAACUACAAGCUCGGACUCACAAACGACAACUUCCGGAACACAAGACCCAACGACACCUUCGGAAAUAGAAACCACGCCAACCGAUUCAGGAACUACAAGCUCGGUCUCACAAACAACAGCCUCCGGAACUCAAGGUUCAACCACACCAUCGGAUAUGGAAACCACAAGCUCGGAUACACAAACAACCGGAUCUGUAACUCAGGGUCCAACGACACCGUCGGACAUGGAAACGACUGCAACAGAUUCAGCAACGACUGGUGCAGACUCACAGACAACUGGUUCCGGAACUCAAGAUCCAACGACACCAUCGGAUAUGGAAUCCACGCCAGCAACGCCAACACCGGAUUCUAUUUCAACAACUCAGGCUGAAACAGGAACAACCUCAUCUGACUCAUUUACCAGUAGUUUCAUAACUCCGGCUAGCACAACGACUUGUGAUCCUAACGGGAUAGAGUUCCCGCUUUCGCAAGAGGUGUUCCCUCCCAAUGAAGAAGGUACGAUUGUUCCGGACAUAGACGAAGUGUCUCCUACCGAGAAUCCUGUUCGCUGCGUUCUUCCUGGCGAUGGACAAAUUAACUGCAACGGCGCCCAAGGUACCGCUGGGGGCAAGAUGGUUAUACCAGGAUAUAUCAUCCGACUAAGGCAGAAAACGCGGCCAGGAUUAACUCCUAAUCCGGGCUUCGAUGCCAACAUUAAGCUGAGAUUGAAGUACCCGCACUCUUACCGCUUCGAAGCGUUCGCGAGGGGGCCGGCCAAAUGUUGA